CGGAAAUGGCACCAAAUACGACCAAAAACAUUGUCCAGCCACUCUUCCCAAAACAGCACGACCACCCUCAAAGCAAAUACAUAGUGGACAUCCGGCUCUGAGAAAGAACACAACGGCAAAAUGAAAUAUAAUACCGGGAUUAUUUGCUCUUUUCUGUAAAUUUUCUCAGCCGGUUUUUUUUUGCCCUCGAAAGAUUAUUUUCAUCAAUGAUUUUUGAUCAUUGAAUCUUGACGACUCUUUCUUUCGAAGGAAAGCGACACCAUGACUGUAGCGGAGGACAACCGAGUGUCUUUCGACGGCUUGAAGACCCAAGAUCUUCGCCGGUUACCUGCGAAGGUAUUGAAGAAGCUGCUUCUCAAGUAUCAUCCUGAUAAGGGUGGUGAAAAAGCGGAUUUCCAGCGCGUAUUUGAACAGUAUGAGCAACGCAAAGCUGAAGAGGCGCUGGACGAGAAGUUGGCUGCGCGUCGGCAAGCAAAAGUGGCGGCGGCUGCGAAGGCGAAGGCGACUGCUUCGGAUUCGAAAUCUGGCGGUGAUCAAGCAGGAGGAGGUAAGGUUCCAGGAGACACGCGGUUGUACAAUGAUGGAGAAUUUUACGAGCGGUACUUCGGUGAAGGUAAGGCGGAAAAGUCGAAAAUCGAUCAAGAGGAACUGCUCAAGAGAAUGGAAAGUCUGCGUGCUCGUUGCGGUCGACCGGCGCCGCCUCCAGCGGCAGCUAAUGCGGCUGGCGCGAGCAACAAAGCAAAAACACCGGGAGGUGCGCCGAGAUUCGACAACCGGUUUGGAGCACGUCCUUCGAGUGCCAAGCCGACGAGGAGCGGCGCGUCCUGGCAGCCUCCUGGUGGGGAGGUGCCACAACCAAAUCAGGCAGGGAAAGGCGCUGGCGGCUCUGCAGCCAAGGCGCCGCCAAACGCGAAAUCUUCAGACCAGCAAGGCACGGGUUCAGGAACGCGCACAGCCACCGGCAGCUCUGCUGCCGGGAGCAGAGCGUCGGAGAGCCGUCGGUCUUCAGUCGAGGGCGCCGCGAAGAACGCGCGCGCAGUGCCUCGAACAACAGAUGCGGAACAAGCCGGCGCUGACGGCGUGUCCACAGCUUCUACUUUGACAACGAAAGGCACUACAACAAAGGCGAGAACGAGGCCGCAUGGCAGCCAGAAACCGCCUCGGCGAUCACCGGAAGAGUGGGCCAGUGUGAAGCAAAAGUGGUUGCGACAAGAAUCCUUACUAGAAAAUCUGCGCACAAACUUUGUGAAUAGUAAGAACAGGGACAAAGAAGACGAGGAAAUUCUUCGGCAUUUGCUUCGGCGCGAGGAGACCCUGGAAGAGAAUUCGCCUCUUCGCGAACGCGGGCCUUCCUUGUACGGAAAGGGAGCGGAACAAGAACAGAAUGAGAGUACUAGUACUUCUAACGAACGGUUCGAUGAUCUGACGCAUACGAUGAGAGCGGAGCUACAGCGUGCGAACAGUGUGCUCAAUGAGCACGAGGAGGCCGUACUGGACUUGCUUUUCGAUAGUGUGGACCCUCUUCUAGGUGGCGGAUCCACCACUUUGCUCUCGGACGACGAAGCCGCUGCUUCCAAUGACCUUAGCGAUGGGGAGGAUCUCGCCGAAAACGGUACUGACAAGCGAAAUGGAAGUGGCAGGAUGACCUCUUCUGGCCUGUCAUCUGAUGAUGAUGAGGAAGUAUGA